CACCCCUUUCGUCGUCUGAAGCGGAGCUUAGGUUAGAACCAGCAGCUUUGUUCCUCACACCCGGAUUCUAGUUUGAGUAAGAAUCGUUAGCAAUGGAGGCCGUCGCACCUAUUGUUGAAGACGGGAAGGCUCGCAGCGAGGUCCUGCUUUUUAACCGCUGGACUUACGACGACGUUCAGGUUCCCGAUCUUUCUGUAGAGGAUUACAUCACUGCUACCGCAUCAAAGCACCCAAUUUACAUGCCUCACACAGCUGGAAGGUACCAAGCAAGGAGGUUCAGGAAGGCUCAAUGCCCAAUCGUUGAACGAUUAACCAACUCUCUCAUGAUGCACGGGAGAAACAAUGGUAAAAAGCUCAUGGCUGUUCGCAUUGUCAAACACGCAAUGGAAAUCAUCCAUCUGUUAACUGAUGCUAAUCCCAUUCAAAUCAUCGUUGAUGCUGUCAUCAACAGUGGACCAAGAGAAGAUGCAACAAGAAUCGGUUCUGCUGGUGUUGUGAGGCGUCAAGCUGUUGAUAUCUCACCUCUAAGACGUGUCAAUCAAGCUAUCUAUCUUCUUACCACCGGUGCACGUGAGAGUGCUUUCAGAAAUGUCAAGACCAUUGCUGAAUGUCUUGCUGAUGAGCUCAUUAAUGCUGCUAAGGGCUCUUCAAACAGCUAUGCGAUUAAGAAGAAAGAUGAGAUUGAGAGAGUUGCCAAGGCCAAUCGUUGAGGAAGUAUUAUCAUCAUCAUCAUCAUCAUCAUCACCAUACUCUUUCUGGUUAGUGUUAUUCACAUUUUUAUCGGGGAAAAACUAUGAAAACAAAUGUUUAAUCAUGGAUCUUGCAUUAGAUUUUAUGUAAUUUUUUUUUGCUUCAUGCUUUAAUCAACUAUUAUAUGUUAGAGAUUUUGCUUUUUUUUUAUGUUGCAUAAUUUUGUUAUGUCUUUUAAAAUAUUAUUUCAC